CCUGAAAAUUUCCGCCAUUUUUCAUGGACCUUGAUAGGAUACCUCUGUUUUCAAUCCGGUCUUCGUAAUAAUUUGUCGAAACGAGAAACGCCUGAUUCCAAGAUUUUACUCAUUUUCCAGCUGUCCGCAUCGCAAUCCGAAUUGCUUUCAUCCGAAUUCGAAGAAACAAUUGCCAGCACUUUAUUUAUCGUUUGCGAAUUAGUUUUCCACGACAACUGGUACGAAACUACUGUAGCAACUCAAAAGUCAUUGCUGAACAUGAUGUUGAGAACCAGCAAGACAUUCUCGUUCAACAUUUACAAUUGUUACACCGGCACAGUAGAGGGCUUUUCAACGUUGGUGAAAACCUCAGUGUCGUAUUUUAUGAUGAUAUCUUCCAUGCAGGAGUAAUACUCUGAUCGAUGAUGCAUGAAAGGAAAAAAUAUUCAAUUAAAUAGUAGUCAACAAAUAGUUCAAUUUCUACACAAGAAACGUGUACUACCAUCCCAAGUUGCAGGCUGUAAAUUUUGCUGAAACUUUUGUGAGCUUCAAUUUUAUUUCAACAGGAAUAGCCAUUUAGU